AUGCACAUAUUUGUUCGUUCGACGUGCUCGAGAUUCUGUUACCUUUCUUGUCCCUAUGCUGAAUGCAUCGACCUUUCAAUGAUUGCCGUGUCUCCUUGGGUUGCUUCGGAGCAGGUCAUGGAUCCGUACAAGUUCAAGAAAGAACCGCAGGAAGGAAAGAUAUUCGUCCUGUUCCUGCAACCGCGACAGAUUCGGUUCUGCGGGCCGGACGAACUAGACAGGUUCGAGGGCGAGGCGCGGGAGAAGGCGAUCGCGCGCAGCCGGCGCAGCAGCUGCCUCCCCGACUACAAGGGGGCGCUCGAUGCGUGCCUGGCGCAGGAGGCGCGGCUGGCGCUGCUGGCGCAACGCCAGCAGGGCGCAAGGCAGCCGCGGGCAGAGAGGCAGGAGCGGGGGGAGAGGCAGGAGCGUGGAGAGAGGAAGGAACAGCAACAGCAGCAACCGCAACAGCAGCAGCAGAAAGAGCAGCCGCCGCCACCGCCGCAGCAGCAGCAGCAGCCGCAGCAGCAAUCCGUGCGGCAGGCGAAAGGAGAGGGAAAGGAAACGCCAAAAGUGGAGCAGGGGGAACGAGAGGAGGAGAACAAGGGAGGGACGAAGGGAAGGACGAAGGGAGGAAAGAAGCAGAAGGGUGCGAAGGCCCGAGGGAAGCGGAAGAAGGAAAGGGAGGAGGAAGAGGUGGAGGAGGAGGAGCAGCGAGAGGAGGAGACGGAGAAGGAAGCAGAGGUGGAGAAAAGGAGAGAGGCGGGUGCGAGUGGGCAGAGCGCCAAGAAGAGGAGAAAGGAAGGGGAGGUAAAUGUGGCUGACGUGGCACGGCCAGCGGUUGACGUUGCAGAGGUUGGGCUGGAGGCGGGAGCGACAGGAGAGGCAGAAGCCACAGGAGCGGCAGGAGCGGCAGGAGAAGCGGGAGAGGCAGGAGCGGCAGGAGAUGCAGGAGAGUCGCUGAUUGCAGAUAAGAAGGAUGCGGGAGGAGCGAUGACGGAAAUGGAGGGAGAGGGCAUGCACGCGGGUGCUGGGGCGGAGGCGGAGGCAGGGGACACGGAGCAAGAGGAACAUGAGGAGAGAGAACGGCCGGACGGAGUGGCAGAGGGACGCGCGGAGGGACGAGCGGAGGGACCAGCGGGAGGAGAGGCAGAGGGAGGAGCAGAGGGAGAUGCAGAGGAAAGAGCAGGACUCGGGCCCCAGGGAGCAUCGUUAGGGACGGAGAGGAUUGGCCCGGGCGAUGGUGAGGCAGAAGCAGGCGGUGGUGCGGUGGCAGGGAAAACGGCCAAGACAGGUGGUACUUUGAGUUAUGGUAGGAGAGGGGGGAAGAAGGGACGAGGGAAGGAGAGCGGCAGAGGGGUGGAGAGUCGAAACACAGGAGAGGAUGUGGCGGCGAGGGUAGGUGCAGCAGCAGUGGAAACAGGAGCUGCUGCUACGGGUGCAGCACUCGUGGGAAGCAGAGCGACAGCAGGAGUGGUGCCAGAAGCAAGCGGAGAUGUGCUGCUGACUCCUCCAGUUGAGGGGGUGCUCUCGACGCCUCCUGGGUUAGAAGUGCUCUCGACCCCUCCUGGAGGGAAGGAGAGGCGGGCAGCUGCGCAACGGGCUGCUGCUGCGCUGGCUGCCACUUCUGGGGGCAAAGGCAGAGCGGGGAGAGGGGAGGGGAAGAAGGGGGAGAAAGAGGAGAAGGGGGAGAAAGGGGAGAAGGGGGAGAAGGCGGGGGAGGAGGGGGAGAAGGGUAAGGUUGGAGGAGGGACAGGAGAGGCAGGGAAGAUGAACAAGGGAAAGAAGGAAAGGAAGGUGGAAAAGGCGGGGAAGGGGAAACAAAAAGGAAAGGUUGAAGCGGCAAGGGCAGGAAGAGCAGUGACAGGAGCAGCAGAUGAAGAGACGGCUGAUGUGAGAGAAGCAGAGGAAACUGCAGGUGGUGACAGAGUUGCGGCAGUGGAGGAGGAGGAGCAGCAGGGGGAGCAAGAGGGGGAGCAGGAGGGGGAGCAGGAGGGGGAGCAGGAGGGGGAGCAGGGGGAGGAGCAGGAGGAGGGUGAAGAAGAGGAGGUGGGGAGAGCAACAGGAAAGGGGGUUAAGGCGAAGAAGGGCGGGGCUGUGGUGGAGCGCAGGAGCACAAGGGCUCGUAAAAGUGAGGAUGGGGGUAUGGCUGAGAGGGUGAGGAGAGGUGCGAAGGGAGGUAUGAAGGGAGGUAUGAAGGGAGGCGCGAAGGGAGGCGCGAAGGUGAGUGAGCGAAGGGCGAGUUUUUUGAGAGGGAAGGGUGCGAAGGGUGAAGUGGUGGAGAGGGAGAAGGGCAGAAAGGAGCGUGAGAGAAGAGCGAGUGUGGCGAGAGGGAAGGGGGAUGGGAGGAGAGGAAGGGGAAAGGGAGGGAAGAAGGAAGAAGAGGAGGAGGAGGGUGCGGAAGAGGAGGAGGCUGGAGAAGAAAUGGAGGUGGAAGAAGGGGAGGUGGGCGAGGGUGAAUUGGAGGGAGGAGAGGACGACGAGGAGGAACGGGUGGAGGAAAGGGAUAAGGAAAGAGGGGAGAGGCGAGCUGAAGUGGAGGGAGAGGAGGGAGAAGGUGGAGAAGAGGAGGAGGACGAGAGUGUGAGAGAAAAUGGCUCAGAGAAGGAGAGUGAGGAGGAGGAGGAGAGUGAGGAGGAAGAAGAGGAGUAUGUACCCAGCUCACAAAAGGGCAAGAGGCCUCGUGCAGAGGGGGGGGAAGUCAAGCAUAAGCAGCAAUCUGUCGCCGCACCUCGUCCCAAACCUGCUCCCAAACCUCCCAAGGCAGCGCUCAAGGCUCUUGCCAAGCCUCGCGGCCAGGCUCGGUCCACCGCUGCUGCUGCUGCCGCUGCUGCUGGGGCUUUCAUUGUAGAGGUCCAGGCGGGCAGUGCAGAGGACGUGGAGGAAGCAGCGUUCCGGUGGAUGGAGGGGUAUGAGUUCAACCGCACUCAUGCCACAGCCCAGCUGCUCAAGCUGCUCUUCCAGGCGUGUGGGGUGCAGGUGGUGAUGGGAGACGAUGCCAUCAUGUCAGAGGGAGUCGGUGUGGACGACGUCGUGCAAACCCUCGUCGACUCCGCCCGCCAGGUCGCCCUGCUCGACCAUCUGCACCGCACUCCACCGCACCACAGCCACCACCACUCCACUGCCAACGACGGCAAGGGCAGCAAGGGUGGCAGUGGCAAGGGUGGCGAUGGGGCAUCGUUCCGCACGUCAUUGCUGCUGUUCUGGGAUGCGCUGGUGGUGGCGGGGGGGCGGGAAGGUUCUCUCUUUGACUCCCAGCUCCUGCCCACGCUUCUUGACUACCUCGUUGCCCUCUCCUCGUACGUUCCCUCCCCCGUUGCUUUCUGCUUGUGCAUCUCCUCCCUCUGCCUCUUUCUGCGCAUCCCUGUUUUUUGCUGCUCUGCUCUUCGUUUCCGUCUUCGUGUGUAUAACGUCAGCCCGCCGCCCAUUGUGCGUCUCUACCUCUCCUCCUUGUCUCCAGUUCCUCAUUCUCACCUUUGCCCUCCUCCCCUCGCAUAUUCCGCCACGUGGCAACACUCGUGGUGCUGCAGCUCAUUUCGUCCAUCAUCGCUUCCGUGCUCUCCUCGUCCCUCCUCUCCUCAUAUUGCGUCCGCGUCCCCCUCUCUUCCCCUUAUUCCCCCCAGCUCCUCCCCCCGCAUAUUCCGCCACGUGGCAACACUCGUGGCACUGCAGCUCAUCUCCUCCAUCAUCACCGUCGCUUCCGUGCUCUCCGAAUCGCAAUCCACGGCUCAGAGGCAGCUGCAGGCCGCGAUCCGACGGUCGGAAGAGCAGGAGCAGCAGGCGACAAGAGCAGGGGCGGAAAGCCGAGGAACAGGAGUGAGGAGGAGCAAGAGGAAGGGGUCUACUGGGGGAGGUGGGGAAGGACGAGGGGAUGGGGACGCCGGGGAAGCGGCAGGACUGGGGGAUGGGUCUGAGGGGGCAGGUGGGGGAGGUGGAAGUGGAGGGGCGAGCAGGCGGGCAGCGGUGGAGCUGCAAGCGAAGGUGGAUGCGAUUCAUGGGCAGGUGGCCAUGCUGGAAGGGGUCAUGCGGCGAGGGUUCACUGGCAUCAUCACGCAUCGCCAUCGGGACAUCGAUCCGGCCAUCAGAGCAGCGUGUGUGGCGGCGCUGGCCAGUGGCAAGGUGGGCAGUGGGCAAGGUGGACAGUGGGCAUUGCGGUGUACAAUAGAUUAUCACAAGGCCUGCUCACAGCCCUUCCUCUUCCUCCAUGAUGUCUACCUCAAGUACCUGUGCUUCUCGCUGAAUGACAAGGUGGGCGGUGGGUGCUGUGCAAAGCUGGUAAGGUACGUGCGGUGCGGCAGUAGGGUGCUCGCAUGCUCACACCCCUCGCUCUUCCUGGGUGAUGUCUACCUCAAGUACCUCCGCUUCUCGCUCAACGACAAGGUGAGAGCUCUGCAGGAUGAGAGCUCUGUGGCAUCCGUCCGCCUCACGGCCCUGUCAGCGCUCCAGUCGCUCUACGCCAGCGAGGACAAUCUGCCGGCGCUCGGCGUCUUUUCGGAGCGCUUCGUGCCACGUGUGCAGCAGAUGGUGGAUGACGUGGAUGCUGACGUGGCAGUGGCUGCUGUCUCGUUGGUCCAGCUGCUCGCCAGCAACGACACCCUCCCACACAACCGUGCCGUCGCUCUCCUCUCUGAUCGCCUCACGGACGACUGCCUGCCGCUCAGACUCGCCGCCUGCAACGUCCUCUUCCUCCUCCUCCUCGCCUCCUCCCCAGCCCUGCCUCUCCUGCUGCUGCUGAAGCCGCUGCAUCCGAAGCAGGCCCGAGGAAAGGCAAGGGGGGAGGCAAGAGGGUGGAUGAGAGGGGAGGGAAGGGUGGGGAGGCGGAGGAGGGUGCAGGGAGGCAGGUGUGGUGGUGGUGCGAAUGCUGCAGACGUGUGGGGAUGCGGUGCAGGCUGGGUACGUGGUGGAUGCGCUGUGGGAGCGAGUACCGGCCCUCAUGGUGAGCCCUCACUCUUCAUGGUGAGCCCUCACUCUCAUGGUGAGCCCUCACUCUCAUGGUGA